AUGUCUGCUUACUCUGGAUUCACAAAAACAAGUUACGGUGCCCAAGGGGGCGAUGACUCUGGAGGUUUCUUCGCUGGUGGUUCUCAGCAAGGCAGCCAAGGUGGUGGUGGAAAGGCAUACCAGGAUGAGUCCUUGCGCCCCGUCACCAUUAAGCAGAUUCUCGACGCCGAAGAGGCCUAUGCCGGCGCCGACUUCAAGAUCGAUGGUUCCCCCGUGACCCAAAUCACAUUCAUCGGACAAGUUCGCAGCGUCCAACCCCAGCCUACAAAUAUCACCCUCAAGAUCGAUGACGGUACCGGCCAGAUCGAGGUCAAGAAGUGGAUUGAUGUCGACAAGGCGGACGACUCCGAAGCCGGUUUCGAGCUCGACUCUCACAUUCGCAUCUGGGGUCGUCUCAAGUCCUUCAACAACAAACGCCAUGUUGGUGCGCAUGUCAUCAGGCCCGUCUCAGAUUUCAAUGAGGUCAACUACCACAUGCUCGAGGCCACAUACGUUCAUCUUUACUUCACCAAAGGACCUCUCGGUGGUCAGGGUGGGGGCGCCAACGGAGAUGAUGGUAUGUUUGUGGAUGGUGGUGGUUACAAUGACAACGCCGGUGGCAACACCAACUCGCACUCCAAGCUCGCUGGUUGCAGUCCACUAGCCAAGAAGAUGUUCAAGUUUAUGAGCGAUCAACCGGGUGGCAACGAGGGAGUUCACGUUAACAUCAUUACCAGCUCGACUGGCAUGUCAGUACGGGACGCUCUCACGGCCUCUGAUGAAUUGCUCGGUCAGGGUCUUAUCUACACGACAGUCGAUGACGAGACUUGGGCAGUUCUGGAGUACUAA